GAAAUUACAGACGCACGCGCCGCCUGUGCCAACUCCUCGCAGCUCUCACACACACACCAAACACGUUCGAGCCUCUCACACACGAGCGAAACCCUAACCCUCGCACGCAGACCGCUAUCUCACACGCGUCUGCUUCCGGCUGGUCGUCGGAACCCAGCUCUGGCCUCCCUCUCCUCACCGGAGCAGCUCCGGUUUAUCCUGGCCUCUCCAUCGCUGACACCACCGGGAAUCCGUCCAGUUGAGAGGUUGAAUUUUGGUUCCUGAGAGGAGAUAAUGCUCCGGAGAGUUGCUUGUCCGAGCUGACGAGGCCUAGUUUCGUGGAGGAUAAUGUAGAAGGCGAUGAAACUGAAGGUUUAGUCUCUGUGACAAAAAAUUCUCCCAAGAGUUCAGUUGUUUCGAGCAAUUGAAGCGCUAGCAGGCCUGAUUUGACGAGGAAAUCCAGCAUUGGCCCGGGUGCAGUUGUAGCAUUGUUAUGCCAAAUGCAUUUGUCUUGGGACGAUACGGUAUGACUCAGUUUGACCGAGUUAAGGGAAUUUGAUUGAUGGCAACAGAUAUGCAAAAGCUGAUUGUAACUAGCGAGGAAGAUGAUGAAGAAGGAGACGGAACAGAUAUGGACGUCAAAGAGGAAGACGGUGAUAGUGAAAACAGGGCAAAACACAUUGCUGAUCAAGCAAUGGUAGGGGUUGAAGCGGGAAUGCUAUCUGAUAGUUUUGACGAUCAGUUUCAGUAUCAUCAUGAAGUUCAAGACCAGGUGAGUACCCCAGGAGGAGGAAGUGGUGGUCGGAAGUGUAGGCCACUUGAAGAGAAAGAGAGGACCAAGCUGAGAGAGAGGCACCGAAGGGCGAUCACUGCAAGGAUCCUAGCCGGGUUAAGAAGACACGGAAACUAUAAUCUUAGAGUUAGAGCAGAUAUCAACGAUGUAAUUGCUGCCUUGGCCAGGGAAGCUGGAUGGGUUGUUCUCCCAGAUGGAACUACCUUUCCCUCAAGAUCUCAGGGCUCAAGGUCUGUGGGAGGUCCUUCUGCAGCAGCUACACAGACGUCUUCCCAUCAAAGCCCACAACAGGAACCUCCUCCUUCCCUCAAAGGAAUUUCCCCUGGUUAUCCGACUUCGGUGGAAUAUAAUUCAGGUCAAAUGAAAGGUCUACUUGUGCCCUCUCCAUCACCUUAUGAUUUAUCUGCAGGCGCUCAUCCACAAACUUCAGUGAUGAUGGGCGAUGGUGUAGACACACCACGGAUCCAGCCUCUCACUGCUGGUACUGUAGAUACCAUCAAUGUUAAGCAGAUUGUUGAUGUAUAUCCAAAGCUCUCAGAGCGAGAGUUUGCGGGCUCUGCUUAUGUACCAGUUUAUGUGAUGCUACCACUGGGUGUCAUGAAUAUGAAAUGUGAGCUAGCUGAUCCAGAUGGUCUAUUACAGCAGCUGAGGGCACUAAAAUCAGCUGAUGUUGAUGGUGUCAAGGUUGACUGCUGGUGGGGAAUAGUGGAGGCUCACGCCCCGCAGGAGUAUAACUGGCAUGGUUACAAGAAGCUUUGUCAGAUAGUGCGUCAACUUAAGCUCAAGUUACAGGUCAUCAUGUCAUUUCAUGAAUGUGGAGGCAAUGUUGGUGAUGAUGUUUGUAUUCCAUUGCCACAUUGGGUGGCAGAAAUAGGUCGGAGUAACCCUGACAUAUUUUUCACUGACAAAGAAGGAAGACGCAACCCUGAAUGUCUCUCCUGGGGAAUCGACAAGGAAAGGGUACUAAGAGGCCGAACUGCUGUUGAGGUAUACUUUGACUACAUGAGAAGUUUCCGGGUACACUUUGAUGAAUUCUUUGACGAAGGUGUCAUCUCCAUGGUUGAAAUUGGGCUUGGGCCCUGUGGUGAACUCCGAUACCCUUCUAAUCCUGUAAAGAAUGGUUGGAGAUAUCCUGGGAUUGGUGAAUUUCAGUGUUAUGAUCAGUAUUUGAUGCGAAGUCUGAGGAAGGCAGCUGAAGCAAGGGGACACCCAUUUUGGUCUAGAGUGCCAGAUAAUUGUGGUUCUUAUAACUCGCAGCCGCAUGAAACAGGCUUUUUCUGUGAUGGUGGAGACUAUGAUGGCUAUCAUGGGAGGUUCUUCCUUAAUUGGUACUCCCAGAUUUUAGUUGAUCAUGGUGAUCUAGUGCUUUCGCUGUCCAAAUUGGCUUUUGAAGGCACCUGCACUGCGGCAAAGCUACCAAGUAUUCAUUGGUGGUACAAGACAGCUAGCCAUGCUGCAGAGUUAACUGCCGGAUUCUACAACUCUUGCAAUCGUGAUGGCUAUGCUGCAAUUGUCGCAAUGCUGAAGAAGCACGGGGCUACUCUAAAUUUCUGUUUCUCUGAUCUGGGGGUGUUAAAUCAACAACCUAUGGAUUUCGCUGAUGGAUAUGUCGAUUCUGAUGGAUUAUUUUGGCAAGUUUUGAAUGCUGCCUGGGACGUUUCCAUACAGAUAGUCAGCGAAAGUGUGUUCCCUUGUCAUGAUCGACUAGCCUACAACAAGAUACUGGAUAAUGUGAAACCAUUGAACGAUCCAGAUGGAAGACAUCCUCUGUCAUUUACGUACCACAGACUCAAUUCAGUUCUGAUGGAUAGAUACAAUUUUCUGGAAUUCCAACGUUUCGUCAAAAGAAUACAUGGUAAGCUGCUGUAGAGAUGGCAAAUGGAUUGCGUUCGUUGGUUCGCAAGUUGGGUUAAAGUUGCAGGAAGUAAGAAUGUUGGGAAGAGGAGAAAGACCAGUUCUUGGUGUCAUUGACUCCGACGUUUCUUUUUGGUCGCAGGAGAAGCAGUUGUGGAAAUGCAGGUAUAAGUGUAAAUUAGCCGUGACAGUGGCACUGAAAUGUGUGGCCAGACUCCAUCAGGAGUAGAAUUAAAUUGGUUUGGCUAGAAGGCCCAUCUAUGUAAUGUAGCACAAGAAUAUAGUAGCUGUGUAAAAUGUAAAUGACGUAGCAAAUUGCAAGGAAGCACCAAAAACACUUGCACUUUUGACCUUAAAUUUACUCUUAUUGAUUGAUGGCUAGAUAAUAUUAUUUGGUUGAAUACAGUUUGUUUAUAUAUAAC